AUGGAGGUGGCCAUGGUGAGCGCCGACAGCUCCGGCUGCAACACCCACAUGCCCUACGGCUACGCGGCCCAGGCGCGGGCCCGCGAGCGGGAGCGCCUGGCCCAGUCCCGGGCGGCGGCGGCGGCGGCCGUGGCGGCGGCCACGGCGGCGGUGGAAGGUGGGGCGGCGGGCGGAGGGGGGCCCUACCACCACUACCACCAGGAGCAGGCCCGCGGGGCCUCCUCCUCACGCUCAGGCAGCCUGCCCCGCCGGCAGAGCGGCAAGAGGAGGAAGAAGGGCAAGAAGAGGAGCCACCACCUGGGCAGCAGGGAGUGUGGGGCCUCCUUCCCCUGCUCCGAGCUGCUGCCGCUCAGUGGUUCCGAGGAGAGGAUACUGAAGGACUUGAGCGAGGAGGAGGAGGAGGACGAAGAAGAGGAUGAAGACGACGAGGAGGAAGGGAAGCUCUACUACAGCGAUGAGUAUGGGGAGGAUGAGUUUUCCUACUCGGACCAGCCGCCCGAUGACGGGGGAGGCCCCGGGGGUUACAGCUCCGUCCGCUACAGCGAGUACGAGUGCUGCGAGCGCGUGGUGAUCAACGUGUCGGGGCUGCGCUUCGAGACCCAGCUGAAGACCUUGGCUCAGUUCCCGGAGACGCUGCUGGGGGACCCAGCCAAGAGGGGCAGGUACUUUGAUCCUCUCAGGAACGAGUACUUCUUUGACAGGAACCGGCCCAGCUUUGACGCCAUCCUGUACUACUACCAGAGCGGUGGCCGGCUGAAGAGGCCGGUCAAUGUGCCCUUUGACAUCUUCUCUGAGGAGGUGAAGUUCUACCAGCUUGGGGAGGAGGCCAUGCUCAAGUUCAGGGAGGAUGAAGGUUUUGUCAAAGAGGAAGAGGAAAAGGUUUUGCCAGAGAAUGAGUUUAAGAGGCAGGUGUGGCUGCUGUUUGAGUACCCGGAAAGCUCCAGUCCAGCCAGAGGCAUCGCCAUUGUCUCUGUCUUGGUCAUCUUGAUCUCCAUCGUCAUCUUUUGUCUGGAGACUUUACCAGAGUUCAGAGAUGACAAGGAAUUCGUCAUGUCCCUGAGCUUAGGGAAGGGGCUUUCCAACGAGUCUCUCCGCCUGGACGCUGGGGAGCACACCAUCUUCAAUGACCCUUUUUUCAUUGUAGAGACCGUGUGCAUCAUCUGGUUCUCCUUCGAGUUUACAGUGCGCUGCUUUGCGUGUCCCAGCAAAGCACACUUCUUCAAGAACGUCAUGAACAUCAUAGACAUUGUGUCCAUCUUGCCUUACUUCAUCACCCUGGGCACGGACCUGGCGCAGGAGCAGGGCAGCCAGCAGGCCAUGUCCUUUGCCAUCCUGAGGAUCAUCCGUCUGGUCAGGGUGUUUCGCAUCUUCAAGCUCUCCAGGCACUCCAAGGGUUUGCAGAUCCUGGGUCACACGCUCAGGGCCAGCAUGAGGGAACUUGGCCUCCUCAUCUUCUUCCUUUUUAUCGGAGUCAUUUUGUUUUCCAGUGCUGUUUACUUUGCAGAAGCUGACGAGCCUGCCACCCAUUUUCAAAGCAUCCCAGAUGCCUUUUGGUGGGCCGUAGUGACCAUGACUACGGUCGGUUAUGGGGACAUGAAACCCAUAACCGUGGGUGGGAAGAUAGUCGGGUCCCUGUGUGCCAUUGCAGGAGUGUUAACCAUUGCUUUACCAGUGCCAGUGAUUGUCUCCAAUUUUAACUAUUUCUACCACAGAGAAACUGAGAACGAAGAGCACACGCAGAUGAUGCAAAAUGCUGUCAGUUGCCCUUACCUCCCUACAAAUUUACUGAAGAAAUUUAGGAGCGCAUCAUCUUCAUCCACAGAGGAUAAAUCAGAGUAUUUGGAGAUGGAAGAAGGAGUUAAAGAAUCUCUUUGUGUAAAGGAGACUAAAAGUCAGGACACGGGGAAUAGCAGUGAGUCAGAGAAGAAAAACUGUGUAAAUUCAAAUUCUGUGGAAACUGAUGUGUAGUUUUGAGCGUUUCCAAAUAUAUUUAUGCAUUAAAGAGUGCAGUGAAAAUAACGAAAUAUGCAAACAAGAGUCUGCAGCAUACAGUAGUAUGCCAUUUAAUGGUUAAAUACAAAUAAAAAGCAUUGCUGAACAUGUAUUACAUAUCAAGUAAGUGGUACAACUUGAGGAAAGGAUUGCUAGAUCUGAUAAAUUUUCAGACUUUAUAUUUUUAUUAGAAUGCAAGUGUUUUGCACAUGAGGCUGAAAAAUUUAUUAAAACCAAGUCAGUUUUAAAGUGGGUGCAUGAACUGUCGACAUCACUAAUAACAGCUCUGUGGUAAAAGUUGGCAUUCAGAGGUAUUUACUAUGUAAGAAACAAUGAAGUUUGGUAGUCAUUUAUCUAUUUAUCAGUGCUUUAAUAGCAGCUACCAUAAAUCAUUGGAUACCAUAGUCAUUGUUUUUCAAAUGGUAAAUUUAUUGUAAAAAGAUAUUCUACAGAAGAUAGAUCUAAAUUUUUUUUUCUUGAAAUCUAUAAUGCUUGUUUUUAACUGGAAAUUUACUUUGGAAAGGCUGUUGACCCUCCAGAAAUUGUUUAUUUUUAUAACUCUCUUUGGAGGCAUUGCAGCAUUUGUUGUCUAAUAAUGAAAGAAAUGAAGUAAGAGAAUUGUUAAACCUGGUCUGACUGCAAAGGCAAAAUGACUGGAAUGCUUUUUUGCACUACUUUAUAUGCUGGAGAUAUAUCGAAAGAGACUUCAUACUGUGAAUGUUUACUAAUGUAAUAGUUCAAUGACAAUCAUUGGGAGAGUGAAUUCUGCAUCAUAUUUUAUUGUUUCUUCUUCCUCUGUGAUGCUGAUGGCAAAACAGCUGACAUGACAUCAAUUCCAUACACUUUUUGAUUAUGAAUAUCUGUGAUCUGGAAAAGGAUUGUGAAGUAAAAUUUUCUAAUCAAAAUUAUUUGAAAUCGGUGUUUUCUACUGAUGCCCUCAAGAAAUACCAACCUAAUUUAUAUAUUUUUUUUUCUUUUUCUGCUUAAUUUAGCAUUCAGAGUCUAUGAUUAGUACAUGCACUUUGUCAGUAUUGAGGAAAUUUGGUGUAUGGGAGGAGCAGGUAGAAAUAAUAAGAUACUCAGUUGUUACAGUGCUGACAAUUGAGGAUUGCUGACUUUUAAUAAUGUGCUAUUAUUGGUGCUGCAAUUCCCCUUGAUUACAGCUUUCACCCAUGUAUAUUUGAAGCAACAUUUAAGAUCUAAACCAGGCAUUUGGGGUUUCAAAAGGAACACAUUGGGUCCCAUGGAGUCCUUGUGAAAGCAUUCCAUGGUUUCUCUUCACUGAUUUUCAGGCCAGCUAUGUUUUGCUAUGUGUCAAAACCUCCCACUGCCCUUCCUAGGAGGUUCAGGUUGGUGAAGAUUAGCUGGCCUGCAGUAUAUUCCAGAGUCCAGAACGAGAUAGGUGAGAUAUUGCUGCAUACAACAUAAAUAAUAGAUUCAGAACAAGGCUUUUUCAGACUUGCCAUUACCCAGGGAAGGCACAAUUAAUCCGUCACUGUUUUUGAAGAGGCACUGUGGAACAUUCCAGAUUAUAAAACUUGAACCAAAUUGGCAUAUGCACUUUAAGGUCCGGGACAGGCUGUUGGGGAAGGAAAAAGGACUUACCAACACCACAGAAUGACAGUAGUUUGCAAUGUUCAUUUAAAGCUGAGUGGAGAUGGAGGGUUUUUUGCAGGGAGAACUUGUUGGUGACUGACUUACAGCAACAACAGAUGCACUCUGAAUUGGGCAUCCAUGAUAUUACACAUGACAAGCCUUGUUUGCUGAAUCCAGUGGCACCAAACAGAGCUGCAGACACAGGCUUCUCUUUAAUGGUUGGGUUUUGCCUUCAUAAUUUUUCUGUGAGUCUCUUCGAAAAGUUUCUCUGCUUGUCUUCUUUUGCAUUGCAGAAAAAUAAAAAAAAAAAAGACAACACACAAAAGACUGCGUUGUGCUGAGCCCUGCUUCAAAAUGUGUGUUUAAGUGUCUGAUUCCUAAUUUAAAAACACUGAGCAGGCUUCACUAUAUUUUUGAUGUGAAGCAUUAAAGAGAGCUCCUUUUUAUUGUGGUGGUGUCAAUCCCAGCUGCGCUUUGAGUGAAGUGACUCAGUGACUUUAUACAUAGGCAUUUGCCAAAAUUUAAUGUUACAUUUCACUCCAGCUGACCUGAGUUCAACGUGCUAAAUAUUUUUUCCCACAGAGUCAAUAUCAGCAGCGAGGAUGAGUGUUCUAUAAAACCUGUAACUGAAGUAUUUCUUUCACAGAUAGCAGUUAAUGGCCUAAAGGGCACGAGGGUUCUCUUGCUGAAUGGCUUGGUCCUGGUUCUGUCUGACACCAGGGAGCAUUUAGUGCCUGGGACCAUGGCAACGAGCUAGGAGUGAAAGAAACACUGAGCAGGUGAAUAAAGAACUUAGGGAAAAUAAGUUCUGUGUGUUUGCAGCAUUGACUGGUUGGAAGGGGAGGUGGUUCAUAAGAGGUGGGAUUUCAGACCUCUGAUGGAAAGGAGAAAACUCUUUGAAUCACUUUGAAAAUGCAUUCGUGCUGUAGCCAGGGAGCUCAGCAUGAGGGGAGUGCUUUAAUAAACAGCUGAGACCAGAUGCUGACAAACUCCUGUUCAGGAGUGCUAGAAGAUGCAGUUUGUUGCAGCAUCAAUUUCAUUUACAGUUCUGUUCUUCAUUACAGCCUCUGCUGGUUUUGUCUUCUAUAAGUAACACAAAAGAAUAGUGAUUGCUAUUAAUAUCAAACUGGUUUUUUGCUCUGUUUCCUUGAUACAUGACUGUUAAAAAAAAUUUAAUCUUAACUUCUUCAAGCACUCAACUGUUCAUUUAAACAAGUGUGCAGUGUCCAUGCUGGGCUGUUUUCUGAGCAGUUCCUUGCUCUCAGAAGGAGAAGCUCUGACUGCAGGGGCUCCUAGCAGUUGGCAGAGCAACGUUCUGGGUGUGUCCUCAGGUAAUGCUGGAGCCUCCUGCAGCGAAUAAACACUUGGUCAUGAUAAAUAGGAUCUAUAGAGCUCAGUGCUAGGCUGUGCUGUCAGCAUUCUGAAUCACAGAAAGAAUUGUGCAUUCCAGAGUGGAAGCAAAUACCUCUACUUGGGUUUGCAAUUUGAUUUUUCAGCUAUCUGUUGGUCUAGUCACAAUAUAGUUUUAUCAUGCCAAAGUCCUACCACUAACAUGCUAAAACCCAAAGAUCCCAAGUGCUUUAAGAAAUAGAAAUUUGUGUUAAGUAUUACUUUGGUUGAAAUUUUGUGCCAGAGAAACCCUUUAAUGGCGCUGUUAUGGCUCCAAAUUACUGCUCCUGAUUCUGUCAGACCUUUCCUAGUGAUACUGACACCUCUCAGAAAAAUAAUUUUAUUGUGAUUUGGGCAUUUUACAUUUUUAAAUUCUAGUGGUGAAAUGCAUUCCUGAUGUAGCUGAUGUGAAUGGAUUUACACUGGGGAUCAUUUUAGUUCUACUAAUGUAGUUCAAAUGAUUUCACAUUGACAUACAUUUCAGCUAAAAAUAAUGCAAAAUGAGAUAUUUCAGGUUUGCUUGCAGUGGUGAAAAAAUUUGGAGGAGUUCCAUUAGAAUUCAUGGAAACACAGCAGCACCAAAUCCGAUUUCAAAUAUAGUCUGAUAGUUAACAGUGUGCUGGCAUUUAUUUAAAGAAUUUCCUAGGUAUUUUUAUAGUUCUCUUAAGUGCCAAAGCCAGACUCAUAAGGAGAGAGUUUUGCCAGCUGAAGCACUGGAUUUAAUGGCUGGCUUUAAUUUAAUAAGAUCCAUAUUUUUUUUUUCUUUAUUACAUUUCUGAUAUUACAUUGGUUCCUUGAAAACAUCAGCCUGGAUGCUGAACUUGAUGCCAGAAGAAAUGUGUAACCCAAUUAGAGUGAAAGUUUUUAGUGUUCAGUUAAGAUUUCUGAAUUGAUUCCACAAGAGGCUAAUUCCAUUUGAUGGAAAAUACAAUUUGUUUGUAUUUGAAGGAAAAUAUAAUUUGUUUUUAUGUUGAAGAAAAAUUCUUCUGCUUACAUAGCUUUUCAUGUGUAGAAUCCACCUGUGUGGUGUUCAUGUAAUGCAGAAUAAAUCUGGGAGAUCCAGGGGAUAAAAAUCCCCAGUGUGAUCAUGAUUACAUCUAAUUGAUGGAAAUAGUGUCCUUGGUGUUUGGGGAUGCUGAUAGGCAUCCUUGUGGACAUAAAAAUUGGGAUUUGAGCAUGUUUUCAGCCUGUACAGCUUUGGAAUGUGAAAAUGGUUUUCAUAGUGCUGGCGUGGAAAGAGUUUGGGAUCAGGCCAUAACCUUGAAGGAAGGGUGUUGGAGUGUAACUCCUGACAUGGAACAUUGCUGUCAAAGUUGCUGUCAGGUGUUGAGAGUCAUUUGACUUGGGAUUUGAAAAUUCAGUGCUGAGCUGCCCAAGAACAUGAGGUACUUCAUAUUUAUGCAUAAGUGUAGGAUAAAUGUGCUAUGGGAAACCAGCUAAAUAUCAGAAAGUCUGUUCCAUUUGUAGCUAGUUCCUGAAAAGUCUUUCUUGCACAGCAUUGAAAAAUGAAAUCUGUCUUCAGCCAUCCUGGAUGCAUAAAACUCAUGCUGAAUACCAAUAAUUUUUUAGCAUAAUCUUUAAAUUUAUAGAUAAUCCUCAAAUUAAAUAUAAUUUAUCCAUUGUGUUGAUGGCUUCCUCUAUUUUUUACUGGUUCUUUAUUACUUUUUACUGUCAUUGAGCCCAGUUAUAAAUACUUUACAUUUAUUAAAUAGAUUAAAACUUAUUUAAACUUAUUAAAUAAAUAAACAUUUUAAAAUAUUUAAUUAAUCUACAUGAGACAGUAGGAAAUAAAAACAAGUAUUGAAACCUCCCCAGCUAUGGCAUCCAGCAUGUAAGUUAUGUAUUUUUCUUAUCUUUAAAUAAUCUAAAUAACAGAAUAACUUCAGUAGACAUGGGGCAGGGUAUACACUUUCCUCUUGCUAUAGCUGAAUGAUUACAUGCAUCAGAUUUUGCAGAGAAUAAGGUCUAGUUGACAUAUUUAUCAUAUUUUUGCACCUCCAUUUGAAACAAAUACUUAUAGAGAAGUGGGCACUUUUGUAAAAAUGAUCAUCUUUAAUUUCCACAGGGACCAUCUAAUGUGGAAAAAGUGAUUGGCAGAUCAAUUCUGGGUUAAAGUGCAUAAAUGUUUUGUACCUGAAACCCAGGAACUCCCCAUAUCCCUGCCAUGCUUACUGUGUGUUCAGAAUUCCACAUUCUGAAGGAAAAAUCAUUAAAGCAUUAUGUACUGAGAUGGUUGAAUUAAUUCUUAUUUUUAAUCCUUUUCUGUAUAAUUAUAAUGUGCCUUGAGCCCUUUUUCUGCAACAGGCCCUUUGGAAAAGAAAUACAUAAGUAUAUGAGAAGGCAAGAAGAGAAAGCUUACAUCACAGGAAAAAAGCUCAUAGAACACACAAAUUGAGGGAAAGUAAGUAAAAAACUCCUCUUAUGUCCUCCAUUUGUGCAUUUAUGGUGCUGCCAGUAAAACCAAGCUGGGGGCACACUGGGUGAACUGGUCUGCAGCUCCAGGGAGGGGUCCAUGCCUUGCUCCUCUCCCAGGCUCCCUGGGCCCAGCUGGGCC